CUGUGUGUUGAGCGAGGCUCGAGUGAACACUAGGGCUGCCGUCCAUUCGAGCUGAGUGUCAAGUAGGUGACGAGCAAACUCUCUACUUGGAUCUUGCUCGAGGUGAGUGUCGAGUGAUUUCUCUGUAUAGGUCUCACUCAAGUUGACUGUUGAGCAACUGAUGAAUGAAUAAUCUGUCUGAAGCUUCGCUCAAGCGACAAAACUACUGCUCGAGCGAACAAUCAGUAGAUGUGCUUUUUCAACAAGAAUCAAGCCACCUCAACCUUUCAUUAUAAUGGCAACUAAGCAUAUGCAUGGAGAAUCAAUCCCAAAUUAAUAUUGAUGAUCCCUCGAAUAAGAGGGGGUCGAGCAAAUCUCAUAAGUUACAAAGCUAAAUAUUAUUAUUAUUGUUAUUGUUAUUAUUAUUAUUAUUAUUAUUAUUAUUAAUUUUGUUAUUUUCCUUAUAUUAUUGACCUUUCGGGUUAAUAUAUAGGUGGGAACGAACUAGAAGAUCCUAUAUUAAUUGCUGCGCGAAAUGGCAUUUCCGAAAUUGUAGAGAAAGUUCUGGAACUGAUUCCGAUUGCCAUAAAUGAAGUGAAUAAAGAAAACAAGAAUGUAAUGUUGUUGGCGGUGCAGUACAGACAACCACAUGUAUUUCAAAUACUGCUGAAAAAAAAUAUCAUGAUCAGAGACAGGGUGUUACGAGUGGAGGCUACAAGUGGGAAUAAUGCAGCUCAUCUCGCGGCUGAGCUUGGAGAAUAUAGGCCUUGGCUAAUUCCCCGGGAAGCCUUGCAAAUUCAAUAUGAAAUCAAGUGGUUUGAGUUCGUGACAGAGUCCAUUCCUUCUAACUUUCUUACCCGCCGGAACGAAGCCAAAAUGACCCCUGAGGAACUGUUCGUCAAGAAUCACAAGGAUCUCGUCCAGGAUGGUGGCAAAUGGUUACAUAAAACCUCUGAAUCCUACUCUGUUGUCGCUGGACUCAUAGCCACUGUGGCCUUUGCCACCUCCACCGCAGUUCCUGGAGGCAUCAGGGAUAAUAUUGGCAUUCCCACAUUUGAAAACAAAACCCCAUUCCACCUCUUUGCCAUCUCAUCACUCAUCGCACUCUGCUUCUCGGUCACGGCUUUGGUAACGUUCCUCUCCAUCUCAACAUCAAGGAAUAAAGAAAGAGAUUUCGGAAAGGACUUGCCAAUGAAGCUCUUGAUAGGUUUAACGUCCUUGUUCUUUGCCAUAGCCGCGAUGCUGAUUUCCUUCUGCUCGGGACAUCUCUUUGUGAUAGACGAUAAGUUAAAAUAUGUGGCGUAUCCAGUGCAUGCGGCAACCUACCUACCGGUAACUUUAUUUGCUGUGAUGCAGUUUCCACUGUAUUUUGAUAUUAUAGAAUCUACCUUCAGGAAGGUGCCCCGACGUAGCUACAAGGCGUCCGUUCUCUAAUUAAUGUGCCUUUUUUCUAUUUGGUUUUCCUUUUUCGUUUCUCCUUUUUUGUAUUUUAUAUAUGGAAUAAGGUUCUCUCCGUGUGUGAUUACGUUUGAUCUGUUUUUGACAAAAAAGAAAAAAGAACUAUUUGGCAUGAUAUAUUAUAUAUAAAAUGUACGAUGAAAUUAAUGUUUUAAUACAAUUAUCUUUCCUAUCGCUUGUUGAUCUGUCUCAUCAUUAAAACCCGCCUUUGGUUUCUUUGUGCUAGCACACUUGCUUUAGGGCUUGCAUACUAUUGCACGUCCUAAGUUGUUAAUUCGAAUGCAAAAGAAGAGAGGAAAGUUGAACUUUUAAUUUCUGGCUAGAGUGUGGCGCCCUUAACCCUUUUGCAGAAGUCGUGACGUUGCUCAGAUAUUGUUGGCCUCAAGGAUUCCACAUUGUUUAAUUAGGCUACAUUAACUUCUACAUAAUAUACAUUAGU